GUGAUGAACGACCCAACACUAGUACAUACAUAGCUUAUUUUUAACAUUUUUCGACGUGAGAUGUGCAUUUUCUAUCAUAUCUGUGUUUAACCAUGUAAAAUUAAAUUAGAGAUUAGUGUAGUAACAUUAUCAGUUAGUGCAAAGGUAAAUGAAUUAUGCUGCACACAGAACUCUGAAGACGGCGAAUAGUAGAAAGCUGUAAUUGUAAAUUGUAAUAAUUAAGGGAAGCAAAACACAUAACCUACUUAAUAUAUAUACAUAUAUAUUGGGCAACUGAGACACGAGCCAAGAAAAGAGAACGCCGCCGUAAACAUUACUAACCGAUAACAUUGACGAUAAACCAAACCAAGCGGCUGCCAUUGAAGAAUGGCUGCCGAAAAGGAGAUGCAGGCACACGACAUGGUGCGCCGAAGGAGCUGGGCACGUGCUGUGGCACUCUACGAUCAAAUACUCGCAGCCACGUCCAGUUCCAGUUCCGCUGCCAGUGGAGCGACAGCAACAACAACAGUGCCGCCACAACAACUGCAGCUGCAGACGCAAAAUGGAACGUCGCGUGCCCAAAAGGAUCAACAGAUCGCCUGUCUGCUGGGCCGUUGCGAGUGUCUCCUCGAACUGGGCAGAUACGAAAGCUGUCUAUCGGACGCGUAUAAAGUGCUAACACUGCUGGCCGAGCAGACCGAAUGCUUGGCCAGCGUAUCGCGGGCACGUCGCUGGCUGGUGCACGCUCUUUUCAAGUUGCACAAGUAUCCCGAUGCGGAGCACUUUCUGAGCAAGUGGAUCAGUGAGCUCAGUGGCCAGCAGAUUUUCUCGGACAUAUCGAAGACCCUCGAGCGUUACAAGUCCAUCAUACAGAUGAUUAUGAAUGGUCACAACAAAUCGCAGCAGUCGCAAACGCAAAAGAUUCCGCAUGCGCGACUCGAGGAUGAAAUGGCCAUACUGGAUACUAAACUGGAUCAUUGGGCUACUAACAAUCUGCCGCUGGACAAGUAUAGCAAGCUGCUGAGCAACAAGGGGCUAAAGAAACGCGAGCAACAACAACAGCAGCAACAACAGCAGCAGCAGCAACAACAACAGCAGAAUGGCAGUGGCAGUUUUAGUAGCAGCAGCAGCAGUAGCACUGGAAGCAGCAGCACCAUGUCCACUUCCAGCAUCUGUGCCAAGAACACGGAACUGCUGUCGGCCAUUAAAUUGACGGGCGGCAAGCAUCCGCCAGCGUCAGAACUUGGCCCAGAUGCAACGGAUCAGGCGGCACACUCAACAACAACCACGUGCAGUUAUUGUGCCAUCAAUUUCCAAACACGCAAUGAGUUGAGGCAGCACUGCCAGACUGAAAGCCAUCAGAAAGUGAUAAUGAGCGAUGAGGGUCGCGAUUGGAAGUGGCGUCCGCCACCUCGGGGGUACACCCUGGACACGUAUAGCGUCUGCGAGACAUUUGUGGAAGCACACACCUGCCACUAUGGGGCGCAGUGUGUGGAGGCGCACGGCCUGGACGAGCUGAACGAGUGGAAGGAGCGCUUCGAAUACCGGCGAAUGCGUGUACAGAAAGCCUGCGAGAAGGAGCUGUAUGGCAAGUCGUAUACGGAACAGAUACUCGAGCAGUGGAUCCAGGCGACAGCUCCAGAGCGUGUCAUGUGUGAAAGAGUCGCCGAUGUGGAGGCUAAGUGCGAACAACAGUUGGUCACUAGCAUCAGCUCGAAGACUUCGACACGCGAGUGGCUCUUUCAGUUGCAAACAUUGCGAUCUCUGCGAGCUGUGGCGUUGCUCCAAGAUGCGCAUCGCAAUCAUUUCGCCAUCAAAUCGAUUAAGCUCGACAAUGCAACCACAUCGACGGCCGAGGAUGUGGAACUAAAGUCGGAUCAGGAAUGGGUGGCCACUGGUGUUGCUAACAUGCCAGAAACCAGCGAAGAAGAGCAAGAUGCCAACACGACAACAGCAAAGAAUCAGCUCACACACUUGAUUACUGUGGAAUUUCAUACGGAAAUUUAUGGUACGUUCCGGCAAUCAAUAUGCUUUGAUGUGGGUCAGGAGCCGCUGCUCGUGCGUCAUCUUUGUGUGGAUGUUUUGCCCGUCAGCGAUGCCGAGAAGAUUGAGGAAAUCAAGCGUGACAUAAUCAACAGCUCAGCCACGCGAUGGGAUGUCUCCAACACCCAAUUGACUCGAUUUGAGACCACAAUUGGCACGCAUCUGAAGACGGAGGCUUAUCUAAGUGAUCUGCAGCAUGAGCGUGAACUUCUGGAGCGCUAUCCAUGUCCACGGGCGGCGACUUUCACGCUCACCCAGUCCACCAUUGUGGAGAAACGACUGACGCAAAACAACUAUCGAUCGCGUAUCCAUGAGUUGCUGUACGUCGAGGAGAUUGCUCGCUACGAGCAAAUCGCACGAUACAAUGUACGUACACGUCUGACAGUGGCUUCGAAUUAUAUUUUAACGCCGGCUGGCAUGGCGACAAGCACAGCCAAGUAUUCGCUGGCUGGAGAACUAUUCGCAUUGAUGCGCUUGGGCAAAGACAUCUCGGAGGAUACGUCGCCGGGUCGUUUGAUUCUCUCAAACUGCAGCAGCGUUUACAUUUCGGCACCCGAGGAUGCCGCGAGUAAAGCGGAAAAAUCGGAUAAGGCUGGAGAGCGCGCUGUGUACGAGGCACUCAUUGAGGACAAGGGCAAGAAUGUCAUCUAUCUGAAGCUGUCGUCUAAGUGCGUGGAAGCCAUGGGCUUGCAAGCGGACACUGAACUGGAUGUGGACAUACAGUUCCAGCUGAAUCGCAUGCCCUACUGCGAGUGGCACAAUGCUGUCGACAAGAUUACCGAUUUUCGUUUGAUUUUCCCAGCCACCGAACUGGAGCCAUCCAUACCCUGGACACCCAAGAAGCAAUGGGCCGAUGCCUGUGAACCCAAGCUGAAUGCCAAGCAGCGUGAGGCAGUCAAUGCCAUUACCACAGCUCUUAAUAUAAAGUUGCCACCGAUUUUACUCAUUGGUCCAUUUGGCACAGGCAAAACUUACACAUUGGCGCAGGCCAUAAAGCAAUUGUUGGCACAGCCAGAGGCCAAGAUACUCAUCUGCACGCAUUCCAAUUCGGCGGCAGAUCUCUACAUUAAAGAGUACCUGCAUCCGUGGAUUGAGGAGGGUCUGGAGGAGGCAACGCCUUUGCGUGUCUACUACCACAAGCGUUGGUCCGCCACCGUCAACAGUGUGGUGCAAAAGUAUUGCAUCACCGAUGGCGUGGGCAACUUUCGCCGUCCCAGCAUUGAGGACAUUAUGCGGCAUCGCAUAAUUGUUGUCACCCUAAGCAUUAGCAUGGAGUUGGCUACGCUUGGGCUACCCAAGGGUCUCUUUACACACAUCUUCUUGGACGAGGCAGCGCAGGCGAUGGAAUGCGAGGCAAUAAUGCCGCUUGCACUGGCCAAUGACUCGACGCGCAUUGUGCUGGCUGGUGAUCACAUGCAGAUGAGUCCCGAGCUAUUCUCCGCCUUUGCCAAGGAGCGCAAGUUGCACAUCUCGUUGCUGGAACGACUCUACGAUCACUAUCCAUCAAACUUCCCAUGCAAGAUCCUGCUGUGCGAGAAUUAUCGCGCCCAUGAGGCCAUCAUACGCUUUACCUCGGAGCUGUUCUACGAGCAGAAGUUGGUGGCAUCAGGCAAGCAGCCGCGUCACGAACGCUUCUAUCCGCUGACGUUCUUUACGACACGUGGCGAAGAUGUGCAGGACAAGAAUUCAACGGCAUUCUACAACAAUGCCGAGGUCUAUGAGGUCGUCGAACGGGUGUCGGAGCUGCGCAAACGUUGGCCCAGCGCCUGGGGCAAAUUGAAUGACACGAGCAUUGGAAUAAUGACACCAUAUGCGGAUCAGGUGUUUCGCAUACGUUCCGAGCUGCGCAAGCGACGCAUGGGCGGCAUCUCCGUGGAGCGAGUGCUCAACGUGCAGGGCAAACAAUUUCGCGCUGUAUUUUUGUCCACCGUGCGCACACGUCGCACCUGCUUGCCACAGAGCGGCGGCGGCGGUCAGGGAGCUGGAGGAACAGGAGCUAUGGCCAGCGCGGCCAGCAUUGGAGAUGCCGAUACCGACUAUGGUUUCUUAAGCAACUCUAAGCUGCUAAACACAGCGAUUACGCGUGCCCAAUCGUUGGUUGCUGUCGUCGGUGAUCCGGUUGCUCUCUGCUCCAUUGGCCGUUGUCGCAAGGUCUGGGAGCGUUUCAUUGAGAUCUGCGAUGAGCACAAGUCGUUGUUUGGACUAACCUGGUCGAAUUUGCGCUCCCAACUCGAUGGCGUUGAGAUGAAGCGUGGUUAUGUGCUCAAUCCGCUGGCGCCCGAGUUUGUGCCACGCGCCCUGCAACCCGAGGCAUACUUGCGAGAGCAGGCCGCCUUGUAUCUCAAUGCACCGACGCAUGCGCCACCCGGCAGCCAAUCGAAUCAUUACGCCGCAUCCGCGAACAUUGGUCCCGGCCCGGCGGCAGCGCAUCAAAUGAAUCAAAUGGCCGCCGCAAUGGCAGCCAACCAGCAAUUCUCGCACAUGUACUCCACCCACAUGGCAAUGAUGGCAGCCGUUGCCGCCGGCGGUGGCAAGACCUCGAAUGGCCCCUCACCAGGUCCAGGACCGGGCGGACCUGGUCCGCAUCUUCGCGGCCACAUGGGCAUGCGCGGUCCGCCGCCAAAUGGACCGCCACCUGGGCCACCACAUCUGCGGCAGGCUCAGCCGGGCGGUGGUGGUCCGCCACCACCACCUUAUGGCCAGUACGCUGCCAUGCAGCACUGGCGUCCACCUGUGACGCCGCAACAGGCACAGCAACAGCAGCAGAAUCCUAAUGCCAGCUUGUGGGGCCCGCCGCCGCAGACAAAUCCCUGGAGCGUCCUACCGCCAAACAAACAGCCACCGCCACAGCAGUCGGGUGCCCCCGGCCGUGGUCCAGGACCCUUACCACCACCAACUCUUCGAGGUGGCAGUGUGCCGCCAGCAGCAGCAAACGCAACAGCUGCUGCACAAUUGCUACGGAAUCCCAGCGAAUUGGGUUACCUAGCGAAGAAGACGCUGUACAGCCAUGGCCAGGCGCCACCUCCUCAACAGCCCCCGCCUCCACAACAUCAUCUUUAUGGCCAGCCACCGAUGCCUAUUCAACGUGGCGGCAGCGUGCCCAACGGUCCGAUGAGCCCCAUGGAAAAUGGACCUCCACCACCUUAUCUGCGGCAUAAUGGGGCUGGAUCUGGUUACAAUAACUAUGAGAAGGCAGCAGCAGCACCACAACAGCCGCCGCCUGCACCCUACAUGUAUUCGGCAGGCAAGCAGCCGUCUCCGAAUGCUGUACGUUUCCCAGCAGCCCAUGAGCUGCUGCCGCCAAACGUGAGCAUCUAUGAGAUGGCGUUCAAUUCGAAGGAAGAGCAAUACAAGUGGUAUCUCAAGCUGCUCGAGUCGGUGGGCCAAGAUGCGGCCAACAAGUUUGGUGAUAUGCUGCGACAAGUGAUGGCAACACUGCAGCAGCAGGGACAUCAGCAGCAACAGCAGCAUCCACAGGGACCGAAGCCACAACCACCGACGGCACCAGGGCCGCAAAUGUUGUCGAAUCCACAUGCUGUCAUGGGACCGCAGCCACAGCGGCCACAAUAUCCAAUGAUGUACUCGACACCGGCACAGGCGCAGAACCAGCAGCCAGUGGAAUCGUCCCCGCCGUUGGAUAACUUUAAUCAGCAAAUUGAUCUUGUCUUUAAUUCGAUUAUGAAUGGCGCCAAUGAUGUUGCGCAGCCUAUUCUGCGGGAUGUGCUCGGCAUGGUGGGCAUAACGGCGGCAACAGCGGGCUCGGGUGGUAUUCCCCUCGUCAAUGGCAUGUUAAAUGGUAGCGAGUUGCAACAUCAACAACAGCAACACCAGCAACAACAACAACAGCAGCAACAACAACAACAGCAGCAGCAACAGCAAAGUCGCCUCUUUGCCAUGAUGCAGGGCCAACAACAGGCACAACAAUCAGCCUUGCCAUUGGCCAAACAUGCGCCGCCAAGUCAGGGGCCACCGCAGCCACAGAAUCUGUAUGCCAACCACAUGGCCGGACCGACGCCAGGUGUUGUUCAUCCGUCUGCCAACAGCAACAGCGCUGGUGUUCCCAAUUUCAUGGGCAAUGCCAACAACGCAUUGCUAAACGACAAGUACAGCAACUUUAAUAACCCCAACAAUGGCGGUCAACACAACAGCAACGGUCUGCACAACAAUGCCAGCUCGGUGCCGCUCUAUCGACGCCAGGCAAUGGCCGGCAAUGGUAAUAACAGCUACAACAAUAUGCCGGGACUGUUUGCCGGCUUGGAUACUGGCACCAAUUUGAUUGAGGCCUUGUUUCAAGCCAACAAUGUGGUCGGCGAUCAUUCGAACAAGUCAGACCAUGCUCACGGCUUGUUGUACAAUAACUACAAUCAGUUGAAGGGUGGCCAUGAAUUGGACUUGUUUGCUGUGCCGCCACAGACGGUACAGUCCGCCACAGAUGCGGCCAAUCAUCAGCAGUCUUCGGCAACCACAUAUGCGGCAGUGCUAAGUCAGGGACCGCAAGCAGCAGCAGCACAUCAACAACAACAGCAGCAGCAAUCUACAAUGAAUCCGACACGGUCGCUACAUGCAUCAAAAUCAUCUCAACCAACCAAUGAUAUGUUAGAAAAGGAUCCAUUUGCAGCCAUACGUGAAUUGGGACAAGCAACCACGGGCUUCUACAACUAUUUUCAGUGAGCACGUUCUACGUGGCACCGCAGCGUUAUAUGCGUGGGCGGAACAAACCCCGCCUGCUGCAUGUGACAUCACGGUUUAAACAAAGCAAACAAACAAACAAGAAAAAAAUAUAAAAAACAAAAGACUAGGGUCUUCAUAAAAAAAGGAAAAGAAAAAAAAAACAAAAACAAAAAAGAAAGAACUAAAAACUACGAAAAAGGAAAAAACAAAAAAAAAUGGCAAAAUUAGAAAAACCCAAAAACAGGAAAUAUGAAUUGCUUGUUAACUUUAGCUCUCCCCCUUUGCUUUUUUUAAUUGCAAUUAAUUUAAAUAUGUAGUCUUAAUUAUUACAAUUAUUAUAUAUAUUAUCUACGCAUACGUUUAGUAAUUACAAACAAAAUCGCUGCAGCAGGCCGUUCCGCCCCCAACGCACGCCCCAGGCGCUGUCUGUCAUGCCGCAUGUAGCAGGGUCGCUCUGAGCAUCCAGCCCCCAUUAUUCAUUAGGCCCUUGAAACUAAAAAUAACUUAUAACAAGAAGAACAACAAAAAAAUUAAAAAAGCAAAAACAAAAAAAAAUCGAAAAAAAAAUUCAA